AUGGACGGGGUAAUCGAGGCAUUGCACAUCUUCGAUGAGCACAAUGCCCCCAUAUUGUCGCACACCUAUACGGGGCGGCCGCUCUCCGCGGCACAGCUCCUCCCGCUGUAUCUCGACCAGCAACGCCAGCAGCAGCAACAACAAACUUCUUCUUUCUCGUCGUCGUCCUCGUCGCUCACUUCCCCGUCUGCGUCUGCGGCCGGCGGCCCUGCAGCACUGCGCAAGCAGCCCGCCAGCCUCGUCUACAUCUCCGACACGAAUCCGCCGACGCUCGUCUUCUCCAUCGUCCACGCCGGCCUGCUCCUUUUGCUGACGACAUCGUCGGAGCUCGAGCCGCUGCUGGCCCUCGAGUUUCUGCACCGCGUCGCCGACGCCCUCGAGGAGUUUCUGGGCAGCCCGCUGCUGGCCAGCAAGAUCGAGGCGAGCUACGAGGUCGUCGCCCAGCUGCUGACGGAGAUGUGCGAUGCCGGCACCGUGGGCACCACCGAGCCCGAUGCGCUGCACGACCUGGUCGAGGUCGAGGGCCUCGUCGGCAAGCUGCUCGGCAGCAUCACGCUGCCCGGCAAGGCCGCCGCCGCCCUCUCGUCUGCCGCCGCCCAGGCCACGUCGUCCUCGCUGUCCUCCGCCUCCUCGCCCAACCCCCUCCUCUCCUCCUCCAUGUCCUCCAUAUCGUCGUCCUCCAUCAAGGGGCCACAAAACGGCGGCAGCGCCGCAGCAGCCGGUGGCGGGCCGGCCUUGCCCUGGCGCCGCGCCAACGUCCGCCACACAUCAAACGAGAUGUACGCCGACGUUGUCGAGUCGCUGUCAGUCACGCUGGCGCCCUCGGGCCGCCCUCUGGCUGCCUUUGCCCAGGGCUCCAUUGCCUUUACCGCCAAGGUCUCUGGCCUGCCGGACAUAUUGCUGACGCUGACGGGGCCCUCGGGCAAGCACAACCUCGGCCGCAUCCUGGAGCUGCCCGUCUUCCAUCCGUGCGUGCGACUCGCGCGCUGGAAAGAGCGGCCCGGCGAGCUCAGUUUCGUGCCACCCGACGGCCGGUUUUUGCUGGCCGCCUACGAGGUCGACCUCAUGCCCUUUGACGCGGCCAACGGCGACUCAUUUUCUGGCACCGCUGCCAACAACAGCCUGCGCAUGCCCAUCAAUGUCGAGAUCAAGUCGAACCUGGGCCCCGUCGGCGCCGACUUUGCCGUCCGCGCCACCAUCAACCGCACAUUUGCCUUUGGCCGCCCGAACGGCCCUUCCAGUAGCGGUGGUGGCGGUGGAGGUGGAGGAGGCGUUCGUAGUCUCGGUGGCCCGCAUCCGGGCUCACCGGGCGCCCCGCUGUUGGAGGAUGUGCGCAUCACCGUCCCUCUGCCAGCCGACGUGCGGAACCUGCUCGAGAUCCGGCCCACUCGUGGCGAUGCCGUGUACAACCCGGGCGAGCGCGUGCUCGAGUGGCACAUUCCGGCCAAGGACGUUGCCAGCGGUAUGACGUCCUUUGGCCUGCAGUGUACGGUGGUCGGCCAGCAACGGCCCGGGCAUCUCGACCUGGACGGCGACGACAGCGAAAACAGCGACGACGACAAUGCUGGCGGUGGCGGUGGCAGCGGACAGCAGAGCAAGCCAAGCAACGACUAUGGUUUUGCCGCAUACACGGACGACGAGCCGUAUCAAGACGACGCCCCGAAGCAAGACCACGCAGAAACCCAGGCAGCACCGCUUCGGCGAAAAGAAAAGAAGAAGAAGAAGAAAGACAAGGGUACGGGCACCGGCACAACAAAAACAAAAUCCGCAAAGACGAAGAAGGCCCCCAAAACGCCAAAUACCGUACCCAGUCCGUUGGAAGCCGCGCCUCCCAUCGAGACGGCGGCCGAAGCGGCGGCCAGCCGCAAAAUCGCCCAGAACAAGAUCUUGAUGCCCAGUUCGGCCUCGGUGAGCUUCUCCGUCAAGGGCUGGUUGGCGAGCGGCAUUCGCGUCGAGAGUAUUGUCCUCGAUACCAAGCGCAGCCGCGGCCUCGGCGACGGUGUGCGGCCCUUCAAGGGCGUCAAGUACGUGACCGUCAGCAAGGGCGGUAUUGAGCUGCGGUGUUAG